AUGGCCAAUGUGGUGGAGACAGUGCCCUGCGGGCAUCGACCCGGACGUGCCGGUACACUGCCCUGUGGCGAACGAUACAAGAUUGUCUUCUUCUGCCUGGACACCGCUUGUGUUAUGAUCUUUACCGCCGAGUACCUGUUGCGUCUCUUUGCAGCGCCCGAUCGCUGCAAGUUUGUGCGCAGCGUCAUGAGCAUCAUCGACGUGGUGGCCAUUAUGCCCUACUAUAUUGGUCUGGGCAUUACGGACAACGACGAUGUCAGCGGCGCCUUUGUCACGUUGCGUGUCUUUCGCGUCUUUCGCAUUUUCAAAUUCUCCCGCCACUCGCAGGGUCUGCGUAUCUUAGGCUACACGCUCAAGUCUUGCGCCAGCGAGCUGGGCUUUCUGGUCUUCUCAUUGGCCAUGGCCAUUAUCAUAUUCGCCACCGUUAUGUUCUAUGCCGAGAAGAAUGUGAAUGGCACAAAUUUCACAUCGAUUCCGGCGGCCUUUUGGUAUACCAUUGUGACCAUGACCACGUUGGGUUAUGGCGACAUGGUGCCAGAGACAAUAGCUGGCAAAAUAGUUGGAGGUGUUUGUUCACUCAGCGGAGUGCUGGUGAUCGCCUUACCUGUACCUGUUAUUGUAUCGAACUUUAGUAGAAUCUAUCAUCAGAACCAGCGUGCAGAUAAGCGCAAAGCGCAGCGGAAAGCACGGCUGGCGCGUAUACGCAUUGCCAAGGCGUCUUCGGGCGCCGCCUUUGUCAAUAAGAAGAAGGCAGCGGAGGCGCGUUGGGCUGCGCAGGAAUCGGGCAUUGAGCUGGAUGAUAACUAUAGAGACGAGGAUAUCUUUGAGCUGCAGCAUCAUCAUCUGUUGCGCUGUCUCGAAAAGACAACGGAUCGUGAAUUUGUCGAGUUAGAAAUACCGUAUAACGGCCAGCCAAAGCGACCGGGCUCACCCUCGCCCAUGGCCAGUCCCGCCCACUCGACAAACAGUGCAGCCGGUCUGCUGCAAUCCUGCUGCGGACGCUGUUGCUCACAGCGCUAUCAGGCCUGUGGCAAGUACAUGCCAGCUGCCAGCAAUGCUCAAAACAGCCAAAACAAUCAGCCCAUGGAUGGCACUUAUCUGGUGGAGGCGUCCUUCUGAGAUAGCGCCGCCGACAUCGAGUUGGAAGACGAAUUAUAAUAGUCAUGAUGAAGAUGAUGCUGAGGAACUCGAUGCUGAUUUACGUUUAUAUAUUUAGUCUAACUUGAAAAGUUUUUAAACUAAAUUGAAAUUUGUUGUAGGCGCUAAAAACAAAAACACAAACUAAUGAAAACCAAAAACAAAAAGCGAAUGAAAUACAUGUGUAAUCUCUAAAAUCUGAUUUUCGAGUUUAAUGCAAAAUAUUUCAAUCGAAUUUUUGCAAAUAGUACAUUGAAAUAUAUGAAAAAAAAAAA